AUGUUUGUUCGUGAACAAGUCAAUACAUGUUCGUUUAUUGAAUCCUCUGAAAAUCCACCAUAUGUAUGUCAUAUUGAUGAGAAUAAGUGGAUUAUACCGACUGCUGAAGAUUUUUAUUGUUUUAUGCGGGAUAGUGGUGAAAGCAACGAUGGUAAUAUCGAUAACACGAACAAUGAUGAUAAUAUAAUUAUUAAAAAAUUUGCUAUAGUUAAUUUACCGUACAAAUACGACAUGCUAGGAAUUGAUCUGCGCCUUGCUGUUGUCAAAAUUCUUUAG